UAGCUUUUUAAAAUGUCAUUUUUUUUUUUACUUUUUUUAGUUACAUCAUUAUAUUGACUUCACUAAAAAUGAUGAAAUUUUUUAUCUAUUUGUUGUUUAUGUAACAUUAAAAUAAUGCAUUAUCUAUAUUAUAAUCCUUUCUGUGUGCCAAAAUGUUAGGUACAAGUGGUAACAGGUGUAUAUUCCUGUGAAUGUUUUCCUGGAAAAAUUAUUCACAGGCUUACAGCUAGUAUGUAUUAUUGAUUUAGACUUAAAUAAAAAUGAAGAACCAUGUUGGACCAUAUCUCAAUCAAAUUUUUGUAAACGUUUUGUUAUUACAAGAAAUUUAUAUUUAUGCUGCAAUUGAUACAACAUCUACACCAUAUAGUCAAACAUAUGUUACAACUAAUUUGAUUUCUUCACAAAGUAAAAAGUGGAUUUUAUCAGCAAAUAAUAUAUCAUCAAGCGUAAGUGUUACUACAAAUUCAACAUCAACAACUGUUAGAACUAAUAAAGUGCAUUCAACGAAUUUUCAAUCCAAUAACACCGGAUCUGUUGUAGUGCCAAUUAAUUCCAGUAGCACUGGUAUAAAAGCAUGUUACACAUCAUCUUGUGCAACUGUUGGUAAAACAAAGAUUUACUCGCAGCUAUCAACUUCAGUGUUCCAAAGCAGUUAUUCAACAAGCAGAAGAACUUCAUCUACCUCCAAGAAUUUUUUAUCUUCAAAUUUAUUAGGUCACAAAGUUACUAGUACCACAAAUCAUCCUUAUGUGUCCUUUACAAGCAAAUCAACAUCAGCUGUUGGAAGUAUAUCAACUGUGAGUGCACAAUUGAAAAAAACAAAAAGUCUAACAUCAAGUACACAACCACUAACUAGUAAUAAUGGAGAUAAUACUCCAAAAACAUCUUCUCAUGGAGUUUUAUCAAGUUUCAGUGAUUUCCAAAGCUCAAAAUCACCAUCUAAAAAUAUAAUAACAAAAACAAAAAUUUCAUCUACUAUUAGUCAUUCUAGUAGGUCGAAAUUAUCAUCUAAAUCUACAGUAACAAUCUCACUGUUUAGCAAACAAAGUUUAUUAACUAUUCGGAGGAGUCAUUUCACCUCUUCUGUAUUUUCUUCUCUAACAGAAAUAUCGCCAACUUCAACUAUCGGGAUGGGAUUAAAUGCAAGUGUAAAAUCAUCACACAUGACAUUAACAACUUCACAACCCAGUAAAUAUCGAAUAUCCACCAGCAAGAAAAUUGAUCUGGCAUCAUCAAUCCGAUCUGUAAAUAUAUCACUAAGUCGCCCUGCUUUUUCAAGAUUACACUUUAAAAGUAUAUCAAUCACCUUAAUAUCUAAUAGAAGCGUUUCGUUAACAAGCAGAGACAGUCAAUUAAUUGUAUCACCUGCCACUAUACAAACAUUUUUAUUGACAAGUAUAAGAAUGUCAUCAGAAACUAUUAGUGGAUUUGAAAGUUCUUCAAACUAUACAAGCGCUUUUACUAGGAGUCUACCUUCAAGUAACAUCCCAUCAUCAAGGUACAGUUCCUCACACUAUACAUUGCUUUCAACUAUGAGUCUACCUUCCAGUAAAUUUGUGUCAUCAACACACAAUGGCAGCCCAUCCACUUUAUUGCUUUCGACUGCAAAUCUGCCUUCAAGUGAAAAUGUGUCAUCAACGAACAAUAGACGUUCCCCAGUGUCAUUUUCAACUACGAAUCCAUAUAUAAGUAACUUUGCAUCAUCAAAACGUAAUAGAAGUCCAUCAGUGUCAUUGUUUUCAACUACAAAUCUAAAAACAAGUAACUUUGCGUCAUCAACAAUUAAUAGAAGUCCAUCAGUGUCAUUGUUUUCAACUAUAAAUCCAAAAACAAGUAACUUUGUGUCAUCAACACGUAAUAGAAGUCCAUCAGUGUCAUUGUUGUUGACAAGAAUGUCUUCUGCAACAAAAGUAAACCAUAGUACAUUAAUAUUAUCAACCAAUUCUUAUAAAACAGACUUGACAAGGAUGAUAUUUUCAAGCACAUCCUCGAAAAAACAUGUAAUUUUGACCAGCUAUCUUACACCGUCAGAACCUCCAACUACUACAACUCAUGCUGAGAGUCAUGUUUAUUCAACAUCUUCGGUAGCACAUGUCAAACCCUCUGAUUUUUAUUCCUCAACAAGUACAUUUCCAAUAAACACACAGUCAACAAGCGCUUUGGAAAGUUUAUCUGGGAGCACUAAUACUAAGAGCAAGACGAAAGUGAUCAUACUUACACCGACAGUCACCAAACCCACAGUAAGUACAAUCAUAGUGCUUCCCUCACCCAUACCUGUGCCACCAGAUUAUCGACUUGGACUGACUAUUCGUGUUCCUGAUUUAAAAAAAAAUGUAAACACAACAAAAUUUUGGUAUGACUUGAAAAGCAAUUUAGAAAGGGUGUAUCAGGAUGGCAAACUCAAAGGUCGAAAACGAAGAAGUAUUGGAUCUGACGUGGAAUUAUUUUUAACCUUAGUAGAGAGAGAAGUAGGCAUGAAAGAAAACGUAAAGGUGCAAUUCUAUCUGAAAGAUGCUGGCAGGAUAUUGCUUGCAAAUCAAAUUUCUGUUAUUUAUGAUCGAGUACCUACAGAAGACAUGGACAAGAGAAUUGGAUAUGUGGUGAUUCGUAGACCAGCUCCGAUCCAAGUUAUUCCUGCACGUAAAAUUGACAGUGGUCUUCAGACAUGGAUUAUAGUCGUGGCAGUUCUUGUACCUGUUGUUUUUGUGUUGAUUAUGUUAAACAUAUUCUUUUACUGCCAGCACAGAGCCAAGCAAAAGAUGAAGCUAGCUCCGCAACCUGGUGUGGAAAACAACAACGCCUUUUACGGAGCAUGGAGUAACAGUUUUCACCAAAAAUCGACUGAUGCAGUGAAAUCAUCUGCUCUUACCGAACGUCAGAACAUCAUUCGUCCAAUUCCAGCUGGAAGUAGCUCACAGAGGAAAGAAACAAAUAUAAAUAAACCUCAACAAGAUCAUAACAAAAAUACACCAAAUAAAGCUAAAUAUCUAGAUGUACGAUUCUCUCCAGAAAAUCCAUAUAGAAAGAAAUUGUCGUCCCAAGUUUUUUUUGAUAAAAAUAGCAUUGAAAUGACAAGACUGGAUAAUAACCUUUAUGAUCAGGAAACAAGCAUUGCUGGUGAACUAGAAGAUAUUACAAAGGGGAAUAAUGAGUUCCAAGUAAACCCUCUUCAUAGCACCACAAGUGUUCGUCUUCAUAAAGAUGUAACAUCCCCUCUCUCACCAACUCGGCUAUCGUCACAAUAUUCAUUUACCUCUUCGCCCUCGCAUGCGUCUCUUUCGUUACCACAAAGUAAACACGGUACAAGAUUGAGUCAAUCAAUCAAUGAGGAUCAUGUUGUCAAUGGAACGUUUUCUCCCAGAUCUCCGGAGUUUAACCAGUUGGAAACCUCAUUAAAUGAUAGUUCUGAUCACAAGGUGCUGUUGAACAAGAUUUCGAAUUUAGAGCUUACUGUUGAUAAUUUAAAAGCUAGUCGCACAUCGCAAAAUGAUGUAUCGCCCGUUAAAAUGCACGGUGGCCGAAGAUUUGAAAAUGAAGAAAAGUUGGAACUUCUGAAAAAGAUUGAUAUCGAGAAAAUACGCAACAAAGAGCGGAUUCGUAAGAGAGAACAAAAUCGAAAACUAAGACGAAACGACGCAACCCCGAUCGAAGCUUUUCAAGCAUGCAGCGAAAGUAUCGUGACAGAGGACACUUUGUCAACGGAAGACAGUGACUCAAACAAGAAGAAAAGGAAGAGAAAAAAUCGCGCAAAUAGAAUUUCACCUUCUUCAACAAGUAGCUUAUGCGGGUUGUCAAGUGAAGAAGAAAAAGAAGAAAAAGAAUCUCGGUUGAAAGACAGAAAGGAAAGUCCACACAAAAACACGAACGAAAAUGAAAACAUACAUUCUUACGCGUCUCCCUUCGGAAUGUCAUCCUUUCCAUCGCGCCUGCCGCCACUUCAUUACCACUCCCCUUACACGGCACAGUUCUAUCCUUCAACGUCUAUACAACGUCCAAACCUUUUUUUACCAUACGACGCCAUUAUGAAACAACCAAGUAUUUUUCAAUCACCUUAUUACACAUCACCUGGUGGCUUUCCGUCAUAUGGUUUGCCAAAUACACAACCAGUUGUAACAGAGCUUCCAAAACCGACCAAUGAAAACACAGAUUUAAGUUUUUCUUCUUCGCCCAUUACAUUACCUCACGGUAGAUGUGUACCAAGAGAAAAUACACGCAGUCUUACAGAAAGUGAGUUGCAGUUACUGGAGAAAGCACAAGAGAAAGCACGACUGCGUGUGACCAAGGUGUUAGAACAUGUACAGCAAGAUAAGAAGGAAGAGGAAACAUAAGAUGGUCAAUAUUUGUAUGCGGUUGAAUAAAAUUCACCAGCUUAAAGUAAAUACCAAACACAAAUUUUGCAAACAAUAACAAACCAUCUGCGCUGAAUAUAUAAACAGAAUAGUUUAGAAGGAAAGAGAUGGAAAUCGACUCCAGCAAGUGUAAUUUCUCAGGAUGGAUAUUGUCUACGGUUUCCAUUGAUAAGAGAAAGUGAGAAAAGAAAAAGAAGAAGAAGAAAGAAGAGGAAGAAGAAGAAGAUAAAAGGAUUAUGAUUUUUUCACAGUUAGCCACUCAAGUUGUUAUUAAGCAUUUGAUGAUAUUUUUAGAAGCUGCAAAAUUAUUGGGAAUCCGUAUGUAUUUUGCCUACCUUUGCCUUUUUUAAGGAUUAUAUUAUGUGAUAGCUAACCCGGAAGUUCUAGGAGCGAAGUGGGUUCCAGAGAGAAAAAAUUUCUUGAAUUUUUUCUUUUCGGCAAAUCUUCUAAUUUUUAUUUUGUUUGGAGUGGCCAGCUGUUAAGUAAGUAUGAUAGCCAUAGGCGUAGUGUAAAUAUAUAAGGUCGCGCGGUUUAAAACAUAUAACGAGCUAUUUGCGAAACUAGAAAAUAAAUAGCCUUUAUGCAUUGUUGUUGACGCUUUUUUUUAUAAGAAUAGUGUUUUUCGUUUCAGCCUCAUUAUUCUUAACGUUUUGACAAAUAUUAGUGUUUUCUAGAUAUGUCUAAGCAUGAAAAAAAUGAUGGACUGGACGAAAAAUAAAAUUCGAGAUCUACGAAUCAGGUUUUGCUACGUCUAAGGGACUUAUUACAUUGUUGGGGCAUAUUCUGAAGAUAUUCUUAAUUUUCAACCUAUUUUUAGCCUUAAAAAAUCGUGUAGCAAAAAAAUGCUCUUUUUUUAUACGAAUAGUUUUAUAAGAACACAAGCCUCUUUACUGAAAAUUUAAGAACAUGCUAAAAACAAACAGGGCUGAAUAUUUCAGCCUAAAAAUCAAUGAAUUAGCAGCUAGUCUAAACGCCAAAUUUACUGCUCUUUAUAAAGAUGAAGAAGACAUUAAAUUUCUUGCAGUUAAAAUAUACUUUUAGUGACUUCAAUAAAGCAACAAAUAUAUAUUCUGCGACCCCCUUUCCAUUGAUAAUAUUGUUUCUGUAUUCAAUACAAAUAUUGAUAGAUUAUCUACAGCGAAUUUUUGGUUUCAGUUUUUUUCCCUUGUGCGCUUUACGGUUUUUGCGGUGUGAUUUUAUAAUAAUUUUCACUCCUUCUAAUAUUAUCUAUAUGUAAUUAUAUUAUUAUUAAAUGUCUUAUAUAUAUAUUGCUUUUAAGAUUUGUUUUUAGCCGAAAAAUAUAGUUCUUAAAAUUAUAGAUUAAUAUAUUGGCAACGUGUUAAAGGUUUUCCAUGGUGAAUAUUUUUUUUAGAAAAAUUAAUUUGUUUUUUCCUCCCUUUUAUCCGACCCCGCGCCUCAUAUAGGCGCUCCUGUUGACAAACUUUCUUUUUUUUCCUGUGUGAACUAAUCAAACACGGUUUCCAAGGCAACUUAUAAAAGGUUGUCAUGGAAACUAUUGUUCUUAUACUUAUGAGAAAUUCCAUCAAGGCCUGAGAUAGGUUUAUGAUGUUGGUAUAAAUACUGUUUACAUUUUCACAAAUUUCAGUUUUUAAAA